AGUUCGUAAGGCGAGGUUUGGGAGGGAAAGGGAUGCCUGGGGCUGCUAUGAGCCCUGGGGAGGCUGAGACGAGUCAGUCCUAGGGAACGGGAUGCGAGGAACGACGAAGGGUGCGAGAAGGGGGAAGGUGAUCAGAGUUCGAAGGGGUUUGUAAGAGGGAAAAGAAAUCCCCAGACAGACUUGGUGCAAGGUAGUUUAGCGUAGUCACGCACAGGAGCAAGUGUUGUUUGUGCGCAGGGUGCUUUGGAGGGAUAUCCUGCAGGACACACCCCGGCCCCGGCUCAUGGGGAGACGGGGUCCAGGUGGAUCCUGGAGGCUGGUCAUGCCUUCACACCGUGCCAAGGCAUGUGGAUGGUGCCAAGAGCCGCCGUCAGCCCCGAAGUGGGAUCGGGAUCGUUCUUACAUGAGGUUGACAGAAAAGGAAGAUGAAACGUUGCCCAUAGAUAUAGUCCUGCAGACUCUGAUGGCCUUUGCAGUCACCUGCUAUGGGAUAGCACAUAUUGCAGGAGAGUUUAAAGACAUGGAUGCCACUUCAGAACUCAAGAAUAAGACAUUUGAUACAUUAAGGAACCAUCCGUCUUUUUAUGUAUUUAAUCAUCGUGGUAGAGUAUUGUUCCAGUCCCCAGACACAGUGAAUUCUUCUUCAAACCAAGAUGCUUUGUCAUCCAGCUCGGCACUGAAAUUUCGAAAAUUUGAACCUCUGCACCACUAAGACUUUUACAGAUGAUACCAAUAACCCAGGACACUGAGAUGUAAUAUUCAAGUUGGGGAUGUAAACACUUUUUUAAUUUCUGGAGCAGUAUUUAUAUUGAUCUUCCAGACUUUAUUAUAUAUAUAUAAAUAUAUAUAUAAACUAAGGAUCUUCUUUGUACACUGUUAAUGAGAAUGACCAAAUUGUGGAUUGGCAAUGCAGUGUAAAUUCUACAGUUAUGCUGUGAAACACAUCUUCAAAGUUUCAGAUAUUAAAAUGAGUUGCAGCUAACUUAACUUCAGUUAAAACAAAAAGCAAACUAGUUUUUCCUGCAAUUAAUGUUCUUUAACAGGAGGGAAUGUUUGAGUGUAUUUAUUUUCUCAGUUUGCCUCCACUACAGUCUAUGGACCCCCUCAAAUGCUGUGUGCACUGCAUCACUGAACAGCAGGAAAAAGGGCAGUAUCUGAUCCUCGAAUGCCUGUGGGACACUAGCACGGUGUGGCAGGGGAAGUCAAAGAGAUUGCUUUAAUUUUUAUUUUUUUACGAUGCUGAAAAACAGUUGUGUGAAGGGUUAUUCUUUUUUUCCUGUUUUUUCACUACUACGUUAUUUCCUUGUUGCCCUCCUUCAUUUCAUGUAAGUUGCCCCAGGUUGGCUGGGCUGUGGCUGUGCAUUGGUGCUUGUGUGGGGGAGGCAGCUCACGUAGAUCAUCUGCCACACUCCAUGUUCUCUGGCUGUGAACUGGGGAAUGCUGAACAUUGUGUACAUGCCGAAAAUGGUGUUGGCACCAGGUACAAUCUCCAGGUCAUCUUCAUAUUCAAGUAUCAGUAAGAACUGUCCCUUCUGUGAGUGAUCCAGGGGUAGGGUCCAGCAGCUUGCUCUGUUUGCUGGCACUAAUCCAGGACAGCUACCCCUUUUCUGCCAACUGAGCCCUUUGUUGAUUUAAGAUUACUGUCUUGAUUUCAUGUAUUAGAGCUGAUCAUACUGUCCUUAACUCUUACUUAUGUCUAAAUUCUUAUCUCCCCUCAGGGGCUGAAUCAAUGCUAAAAUCUCUCUUGGUCUGGCUUUUCACCUCCCUGACACAGCAGAGGGAGGGUAGGUCAAGAUACUAGUGGGGCCAGCGAGAAUUUGGCCUGGUUGGAGGAUGUUUCACUGGCACAGUGGAAACUCAGCCUUUUGUCCUGGCAUUGGUUGAGUUGUGUUUGGUAUUUUUUUAAACUGUUAAGAACUGUCAAAGGCAAAAAGCUUGGCAAAAUUACUGUGUAAACCAAAGCCUCUUUUUCUAGCUCUGCCCAUCCUAUGGAGUGGGUGCCCCAGUGCUCAAGCAAUAUCUGUGGCUGCUGCUCUGCAAUCACUCUUAAGCAUCUGGGUUUGAUUAGAAAGGGUUACUCUGCCAGCUGAAAGCAUCUGAGCUGCAGGAUUAGUUCCUGAAGUGUCCUGGUCCCCCUCUUGCUGGUGUCACAAAUCAGCUCCUGCCAGCACCAAAGGCCUCGAAAAUAGUAUUGGGUCAUCUCUCCAUUGUGGACAGAGCUGUUCCCUUGGGGAACAGGGCUGCUGUGUAGCAGCUGCUGCACAGAGGGGAGGUUGAACAUGGGCUAGGUGACCUUGUAGGGCAGAGGAGAGACAGAAUUAGCAGAGGGAGGGAGAAGCAUAGCAGGAGCUCAGUAACCAUUGUAGUAGAUGCCAUGGUUGCACUGAGCCCUUUGCAGAGGGUCUUAGAGCAGAGCUGCUCGCACAAAAUGUCUGAGAAGCCCCGCUUGUGCUGCUGGAAGGCUACAGGGACCUGCUGCUUGGAGCACCCUGUGACUGUGUCAGGGCCCUUCUUGUGAGAAGUAGCCUCACUCUGCAGCAGCAACGGUUCUAUCAAAGCUGUACAAAUUAUUUUUUCUUAUUGAUCUCACAAUGUCAAAUAAAAAUUGAUAUCCUUAAA